GAAAACCAAGACAUGACGUCACCUUAGCGACCGCCCGGCGUGGCCUGUAACCAUGGCGACACAAUGUUGUCACUAAACGUUCCACUGUGGAUUCCACGCGUUCCUUGGUUUCCGGGUCCGUGGGUCGUGCUCGUGUGAUCGGCGCUGGUCAGAGCCAUGUCUCAGCAUGUGCCCGCCAUGAACAGAAAGAACCUGCACAAACUGGCAGAGGCCAUGUGCAAAUCUGUCAAACACUGUGAGUACACCGAAUAAUAAUACAAUCAUUAAUUCACUGUCAUCAUGGCAACUGGCCGGAGUGUCAUUAAUAUACAAACUCACAGCCACUACCAUGAAGCUCAUUAAUAAACUUGUAUCAAAUAAAUGUAAACAGGAUUCUGAGUAAUAAACUAUAAUCUUCCAAUAACGAGGCGGGUUAAAAAACUUACAUACACUAAUAAACUUAUAUCCAGUUAUCAGAGGCUAAUUAAUAAAUUAGCAUCCACUAACAGGUAGUUAGUUACUGAUUGAUACAUGUAUACCCGUUUAUCUAAUUAAUAAACUAUUUCCAAUAAUAAGAGGCUAAUCCAUAAACAUCCGAUUACCAGAAGCUGAUUAAAUGUAUACCAGGAAUCUGAUUAAUAAACAUAUCCACUAACAAUAGACUGGUGGUUCAUAAACUUAUAUCCACUACCAUGAAGCUGAUUAAUACACUUAUAUCCAAUUACCAGAGGCUGAUUAAUACAUUUACAUUCACUAACUUGUAGUUACUGAUUAAUAAACGAAUACCAGGAGAGCAGUUUCCACAUCAAGAUUAUUCUUGAGAGCAAAUUAUGAAAAGGAGCCCUUAAAGAGUUAAGGGGUGAGAAUUCAAAGUGAAUGUCAAAUUUGAGGCCAAAGUAGAUGAAAUGGAAGCAAAGGUGACUUUUUUCAAUUCAGCUAUUUUGGCCUUAAUUUUGGAACUCUAACUUUAUUGAAUAACCCUGUUAGUAAUUCAAUAUGAAGGUGUGAUGUUCAGAUAGAAUAAGGGUUUAAUUUAGAAACAUGUGGCUUGUGAUGAAUGUACAACUGAAUAGUAACAUUAAGGCUAAAUCUGCAGAGUAGGAAAACUGGUUCUGAGUUAGCUCCACUAAAAGCUUAUUUGGGCCCCCUUGGGCCCAGUAAUACACUUUGAUUUGUAUGUAUUCAUUCAAUUAUUUGGUGCAGCAUAAGUACAUUUUUAUUAUAUGUUAAAAUAACCAAGUAUAAAAUCCUUUGGAUCUGUAUUUCUAUCUCGGCUUAUGUUGUCUGGCAGGGUUAUUCUCUAAACCAGAAAAUUACCAUUGUCUAAAAUUUGAAAUUCAAAUUGCCCGAGAUUUUCGCAGAAAGAUCAACUUGGUGGUACAAGGAGAAAGGCUGAAGAGAUUGUAAUUCCCCUUAUAAUUGUUUUGUUUUGUUUCAGUCAAUAAGAAUGAGAUGGAAAGCCUUAUACGCCUAUAUUAUAGUAUAGUUGGGCGUCCAGUUGACGCAAAUACAAGGGGAGGUGUGGAUCGGAAUACAUUCCGAAACAUCCUGCACAACACGUUUGGAAUGACAGAUGACAUGAUCAUGGACCGAGGUGAGCGAACAUCCACGCUCCUGACUUAUAAAUGGAAAUUCUUUCUUUAUGUUCGUAGACACUUCAUGAAUAUUUAUCUUCCUGUUAUUUAUUGCAUUGUGCCUUAAAAUGAUUUAACUUUUUUGUUGUUGUUGUAGUUUUCCGUGGAUUUGACAAAGACAAUGACAGUUCUAUUAACGUCACAGAAUGGAUUGAGGGUUUGGCUGUAUUUCUUCGAGGGACAUUAGAUGAAAAAAUAAAAUGUAUGUGUAAUCUAUAAUCAAAGAGAAGGUGGAUUAGGAUAUUAAAAAAUUAGAUAAUGAGUAUCGUAAAGAUACAAAUAAUAGAGAGUAUAAGGAAAAAGAUGAGGAAAUGUGCCCAAGGUUAAAAAUAUUAGAUAAUAAAAUAUAAAAGGCAAAAAAAUAAACCCUUGUUAAGUGUAAUCUAUAUUUGAAUAAAUUGCUUUUUAAUGCAGUAGUAUGAAAAGCCAGAGAAUAGGUUGUCGAUUAUGUAUAUUUAUACAUUACAAAACCAGUCAUUUAAAAAAAAAAAAGGGAUGAUUGAUUGACUGUUAAGAGAUGUAAUAGCCCAACACCCUCCCUAUUUUGCAAGAACAUAAUCCAGUGACCUAUUUAAUUGACUGACUGACAGGGAGUGGAGUAAAAGAUUUCACCCUUAUGCAUUGCUGAUCAGUAGAUGCCUCCAUUCAGCUAAUUAACUCUAAAAUCUUCUGUAGGUGGCAUCGUAUCCCUCAGAUUCUUAACUUAAUCUUUCUUACAGCAUCCACGCUCUGCUGGUAAUGUAACACACGUAUUGUAACCAUGGUCACACCCAAGAAUUGCAAGUUUUUGAGCAAAUAUAUAUACCUCAUAAACGACUCCUAUUUUUGGAACUCCAGUUCCCAGCACCUCAUAGUUAUUCUUAUUCCAUCACACUACUCUAUCCUCUUCUAGACUUAUUGAAUGCAUCUAAAAAUGUAAUCCCUGCUCAUUGGAAAUCAUCUACACACCACCAACCCCUUAAGGACCAAACUUCUGGAAUAAAAGGGAAUCAUGACAUGUCACACAUGUCAUGUGCCCUUAGGGGGUUAAAGCAGGGCUGUCCAACCUGCGGCCCCCCAGAUGUUGCUGAACUAAACCUCCCAUGAUUCUUUCAAUUAAAAAGAUAGCCAGGGAAUAAUGGGAGUUGUAGUUCAGCAACAUCUGGGGGGCCUCAGGUUGGACAGCCCUGCUUUAAAGAGAGGGUAGACAAAGUAGAAACUAUCAGGGUGAUAGAAAAAAUUAGGUUACCUCUUCUCAUAGCUAUAAGGCAAAUGUCCUUACCUGGUCUCCAUGACUACAUUUCCUCCACCGAUCUCCGAUAGAGGGGGCCUCAACAUGAACUGUCCUAACCACACAUAAUAUUUACCUACAAUUCCCUUGUUAUCCUCACACAGGGACAACAAUACUAACUCACUAUGCAUUCUUUUGUAUUUCCACUUUUGUUAUCCUUUUUAUGAAUGAAUUUUAGACAUUGGGGUGUAUUGGUCGCAAGCUGUAAUGUCCGUAUUCGCAUUUGUUUAUUUUUUCUUGGCUGAAAAAUACACACUCUUUCCUUUGUUUUAGUUGGUUUACAGCUUAUUAAUUGUAAAUUAUCUUUAUGAACCUUCCAUAAAUUUUAAACAUAAAAAAAAAUGUGUAAAAAUAAAUAAAAUUAUUGGGGUUCUCAAGUUAUGGUCUUGAAAUACAGUUUUAGAACUAUGUAUUAGAAUGCAACAGUUUUAAAAAUGUAAUUGAGUGCUCUAGACUUCAGUUGAACCCCUCCAAUUUUUAAGGCAAUUACAAUGAAAGCUAUGAGAGUUCUUUUUAUAUCUUAAACAUUGCUGCACAAAGGUAUCUAAAGAUGUUUUGUGUUAACAUUUAAAAAAUAUAUUUAUAUUCUUCAGGUGUAAAGGAAAAAUUAAGUAUUGUGCUUUAUUGUCUUUGAUGCUCUCACUUAUGAGUACAUGACCGAUAGGUGCUUGGAGUGUCUCUGUAUUUUACUGUAUUUCUUUUUCAGUAACUGGUUUUGUUACAUAAUGACUAAUUGUGUUUUGUUUUUUUGUGUUUUUUUUAUAAAGACUGUUUUGGAGUCUAUGACCUGAAUGGUGAUGGAUAUAUUUCCAGAGAAGAGAUGUUUCACAUGCUAAAGAACAGCCUUCUAAAACAACCAACUGAAGAGGACCCUGAUGAAGGAAUAAAAGAUUUGGUAGAGAUAACGCUGAAAAAGAUGGUAAAAAUGAUUUUAUUGCUUUUAGAAACUAUUUGCAUUAUACAUAUCUCAUUAACCCCUUAAGGACCAAACUUCUGGAAUAAAAGGGAAUCAUGACAUGUCACACAUGUCAUGUGUCCUUAAGGGGUUAAAGGAACACUAUAGGGUCAGGAACACAAACAUAUUCCUGACCCUAUUGUGUUAAACCCACCAUUUAGGUGGCUUGCCCCCCUCAGCCCUCUUAAAAGGAAUUAAAACUCACCUUAUUUCCAGUGCCGCCCGGGACAUUGGGAAAGCAUUGGAUUGGCUAAAAUCGUCAAGGAGGUGGGGCUAAACACCGUUUUGGCCAAUCAGCACUUCUUCAUAGAGAUGGAUUGAAUCAAUGCAUCUCUAUGAGGAAAAUUCAGCGUCCCCAUGCAGAGCGUGGAUACGCUGAACGGCAGUACUGCCUACUGUGCAGCACUGAGCCAGGAAGCACCUCCAAUAGCUAUCUGAGGAGUGGCCACUUGGAGGUGUCCCUAAGGGCAAUGUAAACACUGCAUUUUUCUCUGAAAAGGCAGUGCUUACAUGAAAAUGCCUGAAGGCAAUACUUAUACUCACCAGAACAACUACAUUAAGCUGUAGUUGUUGUGGUGACUAUAGUGUCCCUUUAACAUACUGUCCUACACCAGGACCAUUUUACUAUUUAAAAUGGAUACUCCAAGUACCAUAACUAGUUCGGCUUAUUCUAGUGGUUAUUUGGCUUGUAAUCUCUCAUGGGAAAAAAAAACCCCUACCUUUCAAAUCCUUGCUGAUUUCUUUAUUCUGUAUUACAUCUGACACCCAAACUACACCCUCCUGUCAUUUGUGGAAGUAUUAUUUUCCCCUUUCACCAAUCCAAAACACUUGUAUACUGUGAGGUCACAUUGCGUGCUUACACCAUGCGAAUCCACCUACUGUGUACUACACAUGCAGGACGUGGGCUAGUGAACUGUAAGCAUGCAUACAGAGCCCUGUUUCCUGCAAAGCUCAGAUGAUUGUCGCUGAGGUGACUAGCAAUCUGUACUCUCUCUGUGUUCCCUCACAAUACAUCUUUUUCAACUGAUGAAGACUCGCUAGAGGUUUUAUAGAAAAAAACAAAACACCCAAGUAAUUAGAGUGUUUCUUUACAUGCGGUCUUUCAAAAAUACUAAAUAUUGGUAUUUACUAUGCCACGGUGUUGGAUUUAAUCAUGUGAGGGAGCUCCUGUACUCCGACUGAGUACUUCCACUUAGUUCACUUCCUAGCAGCUUGCAGGGACCCUGGAAAGAAUCAGCCCCAGUCGCUGAAGCUUGACCAGGUUACAGCUCUCUUCUUCCAGGCAGGUAUCCACACUAUUUCCUAGACCAGGGCUGCCCAAAGAUCCCUAGAUGAUAACCCACAGCUUCCAUGAUGCUUUGUCAUUCUAAAGGCAUGCAAAGCAUCAUGGGAGUUUUAGUUUACAACAUCUUGGGAUCUACCUUUGCGUACUUCCACCUUAGGCUGUGAUCAGAUACUGCCUUUACAAAGGCACUUGUGAUUCUCAGGCCUCUCUCUUUUUAACUUGUCCCAGUAUACAGGGAUCAAGCAGCAAGUCAACAGGCCCAAAGACUAUGUUACUGGGAUCCCUGAACAAAUCAACCAGGACACACAGUUCCAAAAGGAACUAACACAAUCAGCUUUAUUUAUUUAUUUUAUUUUCACAGGAGUAGCCCGUAUGCACAUUACAUUAAACUUACGGUAACAACCUCAAUAUAAUACAAAUAACCAAAUCAUAUGGGGACACAUACAGGAACUUCCUUGCCUGAAGAAUUCAUAAUAUGAAAUCUACCUGAAUAUGCAAAUUAGCAAACCUUGCUUUUCAGGUAGUGCAUAUAGCUGUUUCAAGAUCCUUGACAACCAACAGAUGGUGCUUUUACAUGCUCCACAGCCAAAUCCACCUAGUUUAGUGAUGGCUAACCUUGACACCAUAAACUAGUUCUGCACUACAUUUCCCAUGAUGCUCAGCUAGCAGUUAAACUCUAAAAGCUAGCUGAGCAUCAUGGGAAAUGUAGUCCAGAAACAAUUUAUGGUGUCAAGGUUAGCCAUUACUGACCAAGUUGGUUGAAAGAAGCAGCAGGACAGGAGAGCACACAAACAUUUCACAAUACACAAAUACAUUUUACACACCCUGCACUUAUAAUGGGCAUGGGGUGACUAAGACAUAAGAAUAUUGUGGGGACCUACAUAAAGUGUCCAUCUUCCACCCUCAGUGAUGGUGACUACCGUCACAAUUCUCUAUCCAGUAGGGCUCUGUCAAAGCACUUCAGCUUUGUGGGUGAUGACUACUAUUUUAAUAAAAAAGAACAUCUGCUGUCAUCUCAACAAGUUACUCUUUGGGGAAUAAACAUAGUAAACCUACACAAAGUGGUGCAAAAAUUGACAUAGCCCAGUACAAGAAAAUCCAAACAAAUGACUUGCCCUGCACCCCUGUCCCACUUGCUAGGUCUGGCAACGUUGAGAUGCAAGUGAACUAAUGAGUUCGUUAUUUGAGUACCGACAAAUUAGAAGAGCAAGGUUAAGCAGCCAAAUAAAAUUAUGGCCCACUCUUCUGCCAAAAAUAUACUUGUUUGCUUUUAUUUAAUUUAUUUUUUUCAAUUAGUGUUUACAUAAUGUGUCAAAAACUGACCAAAAUAGGAAUAGGCCUUGCAUUUCCAGGAGUACCAUUCAAAAGAGAUAAAGUACAAAGAACAUAUAUUUUACCCAACUAAAUUUCCCAUUAAUGAAUGAUUGUGGAUUUUAUAACUGUUGUGCCCUUCGCAGUGAAUCAUGUAUUAAAUGCACAGUUUAUGUAAAAUGUGUUUCUUCUUUUGCAGGAUUAUGACCAUGACAGCAAACUGUCCUAUACGGAUUUUGAAAAAGCUGUAAGAGAUGAAAACCUUCUUCUAGAAGCGUUUGGUCCGUGCCUACCAGAUAGUAAGGUGGGGUGCUUUUCUAUUUUUAUAACAUCUUCUAAAAAGUUACAAAAAUAAUAUAUAGACAGUUGUUUCACAAGGAAAUCAAAAUAUGGAGUGCAAGGCAAAUGACAGUCAAAGAGGAACUUUAAACAAAACCAAAAACUGAUGUAUAACAAAUACCCCCACCUCCCAACUACAGAAUAUUACAAACAUACUCAAUACAUAUAUAGGAUGUAGAAGACUUGGAGGUUCAGUUUGAUCCGAACUGUGAUUCGUCCAAAUUUGGAACGAUUAAGUGAAUUUAUGAACUCCAAGAUGAUUGAACUGUACCUAAAUGACGAAACAAACAUCAAGGCAUGCAAUGGCCGAACAUGUUCAUUGACUUGUGAUUCUAAAUACUGCCUGUGGUGUGGUCUCUAAAAAAAAAAAAAAGAGAUAUGAUUAAUGGCUAGGGGACAGUCACUAACUUUUUAUUCACGGCUCAAGUGAUAAGUGAGCAAUAGAGGGGGGAAAAGGAGAAGUAAGAAACAAAUAUGUUUAUAAAUUUAAUAUAGGAUGUAAGCAAUCACUAUAGAUUAAAAAAAAGUAUUUGAAUACGCCUGUUUUUCCUGAGAUUAGUUUACAGAUGAAGUGAGAAAAAAGUAACCAAACUGCAGGAAAAUAAAUCAGUGGGCUGCAGACUUCAAAAUAUAUACAUCAUGUUAUAUUAUGUAUGCAUUUUGCAGUACACUUAUUGGCCCAUUUUCACUCCCUUUUGGUUAGCCCAAAUCGAGUUUUAUAAGUGCAGAAAUUCUAUUGUCAAUGAAAAACUGUUCAGCCAACGCAAGUUUUCACACCAUGCACAAAUCUAGCAUUUAAGUGAAAUGCAAAAUGAAGGUAAGUUUCAUAAUUUAUUUAAAAAUAAAGUUUUAUACUAAAACGUUGCACAUACAGAUCCAAGCACCAUAACCACUUCAAAUUACUGAAGCUUGGUGCUUGGAGUAACCCUUUAAAUUUGAUGCAUUUUGCAGUAAUUUUGUGUAUAUUGCAGACCUAGACUUGCUAUUUAAAACAUUAAGUAACAAAUAACAGUUGUAGUUAGUCAUCCUGCCCCCUGAAGUGACAUGGAAGCAUCCCAUAACUAAUAGCAUUCAACUUUAUGCAAAGAAACAUGGAACGCUGCUUACAUCCGUCGUGGUUGCAUAGCCUUCGCUUUCUAUAGAUGAUGCCACAUUGCAGAGUAAGAAAGAGAUCUACAGGUAAGUAUUUUUUUUUAAAUCCAUGCAUUUGCUAUUUCACCAGUAUAUUGUGUUGGUUACUUUCCUCGAGGUGAGUAUGCCUUCCAAUUUGUGCAUGACAGAUUACUUUUAAUACUGUGCUCGGUGUCAUAUUUAAAAACAUGUAAAAGAACUUUUAAUUAACUACACCAUUUCUACCAAGAAACAGCUAAUGAUGCUCAUUUUCUUCCGCUUUAGAGCAUAAUGGCCUUUGAACGACAAGCAUUUACAGAGCCAAAUGAUCAAUAGAAAUGGAUCUACAUAUCAUUGAAGGAGAUUGAGCAGCUGAUCUUUACAAAAGAGGAAGACAUGUCUUUAAAUCAGUGCAUAUAAUAAAAGCCUGUGUUCACGGUCCCAUAUAGACCAUUACAGAGUAAAUGUGAAAGACAAAUGCAAAUGUUCUGUACAAUUAAUUAUGGGUGCACACUCCAGAGAUCUCUCACAUUAUUGUGUGUUAUAUUAAUCUCUGCAUUAUGAGUACAGUAAAAUGUGUUGUGUUUUUAUAAUAAAAAGUAAACAUCAUGCAGAUAUGAGUAUAUGGAUAUAGACAUUAAGCUGUCAAAGUUAAAUUCUUCUUCUCUGCUUCUUUGGAGCUUCAGAUUGUGCCUCAUUUGAUGUAUUUUCCACAGUGGCCAAUUUAGGUGUGCCAGAAACCUAUAAGAUAAACAGUAUUAGUAGUUCAGACAGAAUAGGGCAGGAAUCAGCAAAGAAACAAUUCUAAUACAAACCUUUUCUGUAAAGAAUUACGUAACUUUCUCGUGCAGCAAAUAGGACCCACAUAAUACUUAUCAUUCAUUUACCCCCUGAAAUAGGCAUCCUUCAAAAUGGGUAAUCCCUGGUGGCCAGAACUAGGAACUAAAUCCCCAAUUAGGACUGUGGGUUCUCUUUGAUUGAGACAUACAUAUUGUAUAUAAUAACUUUAUAGAGAGAGGAAAAAAACAAAACACAGAAAUUCAAAAAGUCUGUUAUAAAAGUGCAAUAAAUACAAGGUAUUACACGUAUUCAAGUAGAAAAAAGCCUGUGACAUCAACUGGACUGUUCCAGACAAUUAUAGUUCCCUGUUAAUUUACCAUUACCUUCUGCUACACUUGUUUUCUUAGGGACC